AUGAAUGACUUUCACCAUCCUUUCAAGCCUUAUGAGAUCCAGUUGCAGUUGAUGCAGAAGAUAUAUGAUCUUCUAGCAGAAAAUAAAAAGCUAGGUAUUUUUGAAAGUCCGACGGGAACUGGAAAGACGUUAUCACUAAUAUGUUCAGCUGUUACGUGGCUUCGUGAACAUAAAAGUCUCUUUGUAGAUACUGAAACGAAGCAUCAUGGAGAUGAUACAGACCCCACGGAUGAUAAUGAUGAUGAUGAUCCGGAGUGGGUGAAAGAAUCAUAUGAGAAGUCAAUGCUAAUGGCCAAGUCGGUGCCAUUUAAACAAUAUGAGGACUACCUGGAUAGCUUGCCACGCCUUCACUCUAGUCACGUGGCGGAUGUACCAGUCAGAGCUAAAAGGCGUCGAAUAGAGGUUCAGGUGGAGAAAGAUCAGAAAGAUGAGGAAUUUUUACCUAAUGAGUACGAUUCGGAUGGGGAUAGUAUUUUGGAUUGUAAAAAUGAUACUAGGAAUAAAUUAAAUGUAGAGAUCGCAACACUGCUAAAGAAGUUAGAUCAGAAAGAUCAUGAAGAUUUACCCAUGAGGUUUAGAAAUCCUAUCAAGAUUUAUUUUGCAUCUCGUACCCAUUCACAAUUGAGUCAGUUUAUAUCAGAAUUACGUCUGCCAACUUUUCCUCCGUCUUUCAAUGAUAUGAAGUAUGAGAGGGUGAAAGUUCUGCCGUUUGCUUCUCGUAAGCAGAUGUGUAUUAAUGAGAAGGUGUCACGGGUAAGGUCUGAUCUGAUAAAUGACGCUUGCAUAGAUUCAAUCAGCAAAUCAGAAUGCAUUUAUUACAGUAAUUCACGGGAAGAAACAAGCUCGCGCAAAGUUCGUGACUAUACUUUUAAUGAAAUACAUGAUAUUGAAGAAUUAGUCAAAAUAGGAAAAGAAUUCCAAACAUGUCCAUACUAUUCUUCAAGGGAAUCGGUUCAUGUAGCUGAAAUUGUUACAUUGCCCUACCAACAUCUUCUUUUAAAGAACGCCAGGACAACUCUGGGAAUAGACUUGAAAGACAGCAUCAUUAUUAUUGACGAAGCGCAUAACCUGAUAGACACAAUUAACUCCAUAUACAGUGCAUCAAUAUCACUAUUGGAGUUAAAGCAGUGUCGCUGCGCGCUACAAGCAUAUUUACGUAGAUUUAGGGCGCGUUUGAACAGUGUUAACAGGGUAAAUAUCCUGAAAUUGGUUAAGAUGAUAAACGUUUUGAUUGACUUUAUUGAAACUAACUAUAAACAGGGCAAACAGCUAGAAAGUCCGCAAGAGAUCUUCCAAGGCUCUAAUGCAGAUAUAAUAAACAUAUACAGGCUUGAAAGAUAUAUGAAAGUUUCCAAGAUUGCGUUUAAGAUUGAUAGUUAUAUUCAAAACAUGGCUGUUGAACCAACUGAUACGGCCUCUUCUAAAGAUGAGGUUAAUGCAUAUAACGAAGGAUUCAACUCGAAGCUUGGACAGCCUAUCCUAUUUAAAGUUGCAGCUUUUCUGAACGUCCUUGCAAAUCCCUCUAAAGAGGGGCAGUUUUUUUUUGAAAAGGGUCAGGUAUUGAAAUACAUGUUACUAGAGCCAAGUGAAAUAUUCAAAGAUUUAAUUAAGGAAGCAAAAUCAGUAUUACUGGUAGGUGGUACAAUGGAACCAGUCUCAGAUAUAAUUGAAACAUUGGUUCCUUACCUUCCUGAGUCUGAUAUUGUCAAGUUCUGUUGUGACCACGUUAUUCCAGACGAGAAUCUCAGCGCAUAUAUUGUCGGGGACACUUUCCAAUUUACAUACGACAAACGUCAGGAUAAACAACUUGUAUUAGAUCUGUUUGAUUUUCUCUAUAAGCUCUCGUGUAAGGCCCCUGCUGGAAUGGUUGUCUUUUUCUCAAGCUAUAGUCACUUAGAAUUUGUUCUUAGUACGUGGAAGAAUUUGAAAUUGUUUGAAAAAUUGAACAGAGUUAAGAAAAUAUUCCAUGAAUCAUCAUCUGGGGCUGAUGUACUGCAGAAUUAUGCAGAUACUAUAUUGAAUGAAAAGCUUGGUGCUGUUUUGUGUGCUGUGGUGAAUGGAAAGUUGUCUGAGGGUAUCAAUUUUAAGGAUGAUUUAGCGAGAUCUGUGGUGAUGGUAGGCUUGCCUUUUCCUAAUCUUUUCAGUGGUGAACUUAUUGUUAAGCAGCGCCAUUUAGCUGCUAAGAUAAUUGGCAAAGGUGGCUCAAGCAAAGAGGCUUCAAUUGCAACCCGUGAAUUUUACGAAAAUAUUUGUAUGAGAGCGGUUAACCAAAGUGUGGGUCGGGCUAUUAGACAUGCAGGAGAUUACGCUACCAUCUAUUUUAUUGACAAUAGGUAUCAAUCGCCUUCUAUUAAAGCUAAGCUCUCUCAAUGGGUUCGGAAACGUAUACAGCCAAAACUACCCACUAGUAUAAUAUUAGUGGAAACUGAAAGAUUUUUUAAAAGAAGACAGUUAUAA